UCGAUUUCCCACAACAAUGAGGAAGUGAGUAUGUAGGAAGUGAAGGUUCAGACGUUGAGCACAUAACUACAUAGUGACGGUAGAAGGAACCAACAUCUGAGAGACUUGCAAUGGAGAAGCCCAUCAAAGAAGGAAUACUUCAAAUGCAGCACUACAAAUUUGGGAUGAAAAUUUGGAAGAAAAGUUUGUUCAUGUUGUAUCCAGCGAGUUCAUCCAGCAUUGCCAGGCUAGAGCAAUUUGAUGCAAAAGAGGGCAGCACAUUCUUGGACAAAUAUAAUUCCAAAAAAAUGGAGAGGAUAAUUUGUCUGUCCAACUGUAUCAGCAUCAAUCGGAUUGAAGUGGAAAACACGCCAAAAGAUAUGUCUGCAUUCUACAUUAACACCAUGGAGAAAAACUGGAUACUGGCAGCUCCAAAGCAUGGCGUGAUGCAGUGGAUCACCUGUCUCUGUGAGCAGGCAUUUGUGGAUACCAAUGCGCAGAAUAAAAGUGCAGAUUUUCCAGCAUCCAGUUCCAUGUCAUCCGGUGAUUCAUUUUCGAUGAAAGAUAAUGAGCUUUAUUCAUCCAUAUCUCAAGUAAAGCCUGAUAACCAGUUCACUGUGACUGUGCAGAAGACGGCAACUACAACUAGAUGCAAUCUUACAGGAAAAUACACGUUGAUAGUUGGGAAUGACAGUCUGAUUUUGAGUGAUCCCGUAACUAAGGAAGUUGUCUAUAAAUGGCCAUACCAAUUACUGCGGAGAUAUGGAAAAGAUCAGGCAGUUUUCACGUUUGAGGCAGGCAGAAGAUGUGAUUCCGGUGAAGGGGUUUUUCAAUUCAACACAAAGGAAGUUGAAAAAAUUUACCACAUUGUUGGGAGAUUUGUUAAAGAAUUAGAAUCCAACAAAGAAUGUCGACCAUUGAAACCCAUCUCUGAGACUUCCAAACGACCUGGCCGAAGAGCAUCAAACGCUCCAAAUGUUCCUCAAGAAUUAUUCAACAAAAAGGCCGAAAGUGGGCAUGCCUUGAAGAAUGAGCAGAACCCUGAGAAAAGUUCAAAAACAGCAAAAAGUAAAUUAAAUCAAGAUGGGAAAGACUAUAAAUCUGCUUGUGGAGCUGAGCCAAGUGUGGGAUCAAUUGGUAAUACUCCAUCUACAAAAGAAAGGGAAGAAGACCCAAUCAUUUAUGCCACUGUCCUGCUGUCUAAAGAAAGAUCUAAGAAAGAGGACACAAAAAAGUUCACACCUGAUCCUACAAAAUACAGAGAAUGUGGGGACGGUGAUGAUCCAGAAGCAAGUUCAUUUUAUGAGAAUAUUUCUGAGAGAGAAUUUCCCUAUUCCCUCAAGGAGAGGUCAUCUUUCCUUAAAGGCAUAGAAAGGCCAAUUUACCAAAGUUCAGGGGAGAAUAUUAAAGACAGGGACACAUUUUCUGACACAGAUUAUGUGAACCUAGCACCUGAAUGGAGUCAGCAAGAUUCAGAAGAUGAUUACGAAUAUACUCAGGUUGAUCAAAAACAUGAAUUGUAUGCAGCGAUCAUAGAAAACAAGAAUGAAGCAGGAGAGUUUUCCAAGAGCCCUGAAACCUCAAAAGUCACAAAGCUACCACCUGGCUUCCAUGAGAUGCUGUCUGACCUAUAUGCUAAACCACCAAGUAAUACACGAGAAUGCAAAGUUGAGAGAAGUAGCAAAACGCAACAGUGCAGGGGAAAGGGUAGAUAUGAUUCUUGAGUGAGGAAUAAUCUCCAAGUAUCCUUGUAAUUAUUUAGGCAUUUGAAAAAUUACUCU